CCUAACAGGCACCAACAGGCUGCCAGUCUCCCACGGACCGUGAACGAGUGUGGACGUGUCACGACGCUCCGGACCUUCGGACAUGCACAGAAAUCGAAUAGAGAGGACAGCAUCAAAACGAUGGCGGGGAUCGGUGCGGAGGAUCGUGUCUGCUGCCAUCUACAACCUAUCCUGCUUCUCGCACGGCUGCAGCACGGGCUGGGUGUCCGGGGUACUAGGGAACGAGGCGCUAGCAGGAGGUGCGUGGCUCGCCGCCCUCCCGUGUCUCGUCGCUUUACCCGCCGCGCCAUUCUUCGCAGUCAUAGCUGAUGCCCGGGGGAGAAAAGCUGGUGCAUUUUGUAUCUGCUUAAGUUUUAUUAUAAGCUGGUCGCUAGCGGCGUGGUGCGGGGCGCGCGGGGUCUGGGCGGCGAGGGCGGCGGCGGGGGCGGGCGGCGCGGGGGCGCUGGCGCUGGCUCCUGUGUAUUGUGCCGAGAUCGCGCCACGGAAGACUGCGUUAGCUGCGCUGCCGGCUUUGGCUUGCAGUUGCGGCAUCCUAUUCGCGUACGCGGCGGGCGGGCUGCUCUCCGCGCACGCGCUGUCCCUCUCCAUGGCGGCGCCGCCGGCCGCGCUGCUGCUGGCGCUGCUGUGGCUGCCGGAGACACCCUCGUUCCUCAUCAGCAUUGGGAGAGUGCAGGACGCAGCCAAAGUGAUGUGCUGGUUCGAAGGUUCCGACUUCCGUGAGGACCUCACAGACGUCAUCGAGCAACAGGAGGUCAGAAUACGGACGUCAGAGUCGUACGGCUCCCAGAAGCGAGCUGGCCUCUGCAGGAUGGACUCGGAGACUUUCCAGCCGAUGCUGAAGAGGAGCAGCGGGUUGGAGUCCAACUCGGAGAAGAAGACUGAACCGUCAGCUUGCAGGGAGCUUUUCCACAACCAGCACUCCCGGCGCGCGCUGCUAUCCUGCUGCGUGCUGCUAGCAGUCUCAGCGGGUAGCGGCGCCGGCGCCGUCACCAGCUACGCGGCCAGCGUGCUGCAGCAUUCAGCUCAUGCCAGCGCCGCGCCGCUCAACCAUACUGCUAGCAAUGCCACGGUUUACAACGGAACUGCAACCAGAGGACUUUUCCACACAUCUGAAGCAGCGUCGAUACUGUGCGGCACAGCGCUGGUGCUCGGAGCAGCGGUGGCCAUCGUCACCGUGGAUAAAGUGGGGAGAAAGAUGCUCCUGAUUUGGUCCUGCUCUGGCAUAGCUUGCUGUCUCGCUUUACUCGGAGCGUACUGCGACCCGCGCCUUCGCAUGUUCUCCUGGUCACACACCAACCAACUCUGGCUCUCCAGACACAAGCCAAUCGAACAUACCAACGCGGAGACACCAAAGCCAAUUAAUGUAGCUAACAGUGCUAUGAACAUGGUUAUACCUGUAGAUAAGGAAUCCGUAUUGAAUGGCACAAAAGACUGGCAUCAGAUAUCUAUCGGAAAUAUUACUAAGGGAGAAUUGAAGACCAGCAUAUCGAAAGUUGAAGCAAAUUCGACAACAUACGAUCCUGUAGAGCAGGAUACAAUAUGGCCGCCACUGAUUUUGUUGUCAACUGUGCUGUUUUUGUUCAACAUUGGACUGGGAUCAGUGCCUUUUGUUUUGAUAUCAGAGUUAUUUGCAGCUAAUGUCCGCAGCCUCGCGUCAAGUUUCCUCAUCUCCUGGAUGUGGCUGAGUUGCUUUCUCCUUCUCCGCUACUUCGGGGCUCUCGCUAUCUCGCUCGGACUCCACAACACCUACUAUAUCUGUGCCACUUCUACAUUCCUGGGAUCCCUGUACAUAUUUCUUUGUCUGCCAGAAACGAGAGGGAAGACUGAGAAGCAAGUUGAGGAAGCGUUGAAAGGGCCACUGCUGGUUGGGUUAAGGAGGCGAAGAAAAAGUCGGGGCGAACCAUGAUUGUCUAUGGUUUUUCAUGUUGCGUAAUCGCAGGUAAAUAGCCAAAAUGAUUUGUCAAAUAGUGUGUUGUGUUCUAUUUAUGAGUGUAGAGGGUUUUUGUCGGUGAAAUUAAUAAUUUUGUGGUGUGUGGUAAAAUAGGGAAAAGGGCACAAAAUUAGUGAAAAAUUGCGACACAUAUGGAUGUUUUUUGUAAAUUGUGAGCCAAGAAAUAGGUGUGUUUAUAUUAAGUAAUUAUGUUUUGAAUGUGUGGAAAGUUCCAAGGUUAAAGGAAAGUUUUUCCAAUAGAUGGCAUUAGCCCACUACGUACCUACCAUCUAUUAUGUGAUUUGAGAUUAAUUUUGAUAAAGGUCGUUUAAUAAAAUGUUAGUAUGUACCUAAUAAGGUUUACGUUCAAAAACUGCAAGAGUAAUAUAAUAGUAUUUAUUGUAGAUAUUGUAUAAAUGAAGGUCUAUUAACCGGUAUUUUUAAAAGAAGAAAAACAUAAUAUUCUGUUAUUAAUAUUUUUUGUUACGCAUAUUGAAAGCUCUUCUUUGAAUACACAUUAUAGGUACAUACAAUAAAAUAAAUAAAUAUAUAUUGCAGUUCCAUGUUGUUGUGUAUAGUAAAAAUUAUAAUACGUAUCGAUGUAUAUUUUUAUCACGGUGUAUAAAUAAAUGACAAAAUAAAAAUGGAGAUUAUUAUAUCUAUAGAAAUACAUAAAUGUACCUAUGUCUACUGUUGUUGUUAUGUGGAUUAGAAUAUAUAUCAAAAUAUUAUGUAUUUUGUGACUGUUAUUGUACUUAGAGUAUCUAGGUAUAGGCUAGAUUUAGGCUAUCGAUAGAAUAAGAGCCAAAUCAUAGGCUAGGAGUUCAGAGUGAAUAAUAUUCUAAAAGGAUUCUAAAAGGUUCAUCAACAGACUAAGUGCCAAUUUCUCCAUAGUCGGUUAUGUAACCGACAGGGAUUGAUUUAUAGAUUAAACGUCAUCUCCAUAUAAAAUUCAUGACAGAUGUGUCAAAAGUCAACUACUACUCCCUGGUUAUGUUCUAACCGACUAUGGACAAAUUGGCACUAAAGCUGUUUCACAGCAGAACGUUUCGCCCACAAACUACCUACUUACUAAUUUGUAGGUAAAACUUUCACCGGGCAAAACAUUUUGUGGGCUUAUGGGGGUCACCGCUGUAUAGCCAGUAGAUCAUCUACAUAAAAUAUUUGUAUAAAUAUGUACUUACCGAUUGCAUGACUGCUAGCUUGGAAGAGAUCCAUUUUAGCGAUAGAACCGGUAUUUGUAUGGUUCAAUCUUCUAUUGAUGAACUGUUUCAUCCCCUAGUGUGAUAGCUAGGUAUAAUGGGAGUCUAGGAGGAAGGAAGUCAAUAAGACGUCUGUAUAACUUUGUAGUUACAUGGUGAAAUUUUGUCAAAAAUCGACCUGAAAACAUGAAUAGAAGCUGAAUGUACCUACCUGGCAAUCUGAACAACAUUAAUAAUUAUGCUAACAUAAAAUUUCAAAUAAGCGUCAAUUCACACGUACCACAACCACACCACGUCGCAGCGACAUA